AUGUGGAACAAAAUGUUGACGUCCAUCGACAAAACCGGGUUCGAGAUUUCGGCCAAGGACUACAGUAGCAAUUCGCGCGCCAUCGACGGUUGGCAUGGCAGCUCCGGGCACAGAGCAGUCAUGCGAACGUCGGGGAUGUGGACGAACCUGAAAGCCAUCGGCUGCGGAAAAGCGGAACGGAUCUACAACUGCUGGUUCAUGGAGACGACCUCUGACCCCUUGGGCGAGUGCAAUGGUACAUACAUUCCAACCACCACGAGCACGACCACUUCGGUGCUAGGAGCUGAUUAUCCGUGGGUCAAGGGCAGGUUGGAGGAGAGCUGUGAUGAUGCUUGUGCCCGCAACGGCAAGAUCUGCACCCCGCAGAACUUCGCGCAGUUGAACCAAGAAGUCGACAGCAACGCUGAGAUGAGGCAGGUGCUCAGCAGCCUGGGUGUCACGUGCCAAAGCUUCUACGCAGAUGCCCCAGAAGGCGCUUUGUCGCCGGCGUGGUCGCCCUCAAAUGGAAACUGCAUCCUCAGUGGCAAAUCCAGGCCCGAGUCCACCUUUCGGUGCCAAACUAAGCCGAACACUUGGAGACGGCUGUGCGCGUGCAUCAGCAACUUCACCAGCAGCAACAAUAGCAGUGAGAAUGAUACCUUCAGCAACCUCACCAGCAGUGACACCACCAACGAUGCCGGCAAUCACACCAGGAACGAGACGAGUACUAGCACAGACGACGACCCCAACAAUGACACUAGCCACGACUCCCGCAAUGACACCAGCAGCAAUGACACCAGCAACGACUCCAACAAUGACUCCAACGAUGACAUUAACGAUGACACCAACAAUGACACGAGCAACAGCGACGAUUCCGGCAGCACCAUCAGUGUGAACGAUUCUGCCGAGAGCGUCAGCAAUGAGAGCAGCAACCCCCGAGACGACUUCAGCACGGCCAGUGCUGUCAGCGGUGACUUUGGCCUGGCGGGCAUGGUCUUUCUUCUGGUGUUGCAGCCACUAUGCAUCUAG